AUGAACAUUCCUCUGUCGGUUCUCGAACAGAUUGUAGGUCAAAGCGACCAGUUCAAGCCGUUUGAGGAGGGCGGCGGCCAACAAAUCUCGAAUGAGGCGAUUCUCAACACGAUUCAGAAGUUCGGUUUGGGAAGCGCAGCGCAGCAAAAGGUAACCUCGCCGUUCUCAUUUGAGUCUCUUGCUAUGAAACCGGCUCUGCAGCCCUCACCGUUUCCACUGGUGCCAUCCAUGUCUCCAGGAGUCGACCUUAACAAUGGCAUACCUCCGAUCAGCACUUUUAUGCCAAUGCAGACUUCGCCGCCCAGUCAUUCAAUCCAUCCCUUCAUCAAUCCAACGAUUCAUAAUCUGCCUCAUCCGGCUCCUACUUUUGGACCGCACUCUCAAGGACCCGGUCUCCCUCCGCCCAUGGCAGGAUUUGGACCACAGACAGGCGGAUUUACGGCUGGCUUCAACCGACCAUUUGUUGCUGGUUCUGACAUCGGGCCUCCUGGGUUUGGUCCUCAGACAUUCAACAACCUUGCAGCAGCACCUUCCAACAUGGCCAACAAUGGCUUUCUCAACCAACACCAAGCUGGGCAAUUCGACAACAAAUUUCUACGCCCGCAGAAGCCUCGCAUCCCUGAUGCCAUGGCUCAGCAGAAGUAUGAGGAGUACAUUGAGUGGAAGAAGGCAAACGAUCCUAAGUAUGCUCUCGAGUGCAAGAACCGCCAAGCCAGAAGAGCUAUUCGAAAUAACCCUGUCCCGGCUUGA